CAUUGUAAAGGUUUGCCAUUAGCCAUUAUUGUGCUUGCCGGAGUUUUAGCCAGAAAAAACUCCAUUAGAGAAUGGGAGAGAGUGUUAGAGAAUGUUCAUGAAUACAUAAGCAGAGGCAUCAGACAAGAAGAAGAAUAUGAAGGUGUAUCAAGAGUGUUGGCAUUGAGUUAUGAUGACCUACCGUAUUACUUAAAACCAUGUUUUUUAUAUUUAGGUCAUUAUCCUGAAGACUAUGAGUUUUUGGUGAGCGAAUUGACUAAGUUAUGGGUGGCAGAAGGUCUUAUCUCCUUGAGACAACAAAGACAUGGUUCGAGGAAAACAAUGGAGGAUAUAGCACGUGAUUGCUUAAGUGAGUUGGUGGAAAGGUGUUUGGUUCAAGUGGGAACAAGUGGCUCAACAGGAACAAUUAAAGGUUGUCGAAUCCAUGAUCUUGUACGAGACAUGUGUUUGUUUAAGGCAAAUGAGGAAAGCUUCCUCCAAAUGCAAGAAAAUACUUAUUCUGUGGCAGCCGAGGCAGAACAAUUGGGGAAAAUUCGAAGACUUGCAAUUUACGUGGAUGAGAAGGCAGAUAGGUUGGUUUCUUCAAGAGAUGAAACAAAUGGGCACGUAAGGUCUCUAUUAUUCUUUGGCCUAGAAGAAUGGAUUCCAAAAGGUGAAAAAGGAUUACUAUCUCCAUUGAUGGAUUUCAAAGUGCUUAGAGUUUUGAAGGUGGAAGGUCUUAAUGAAGUAGAAGUUGAGUUGCCAAGUGAAAUUGGAAAUAUGGUACACUUAAGGUUUCUAAGUGUGAGGUUGAGCCAAAUAAAAACGCUUCCGCCAUCCCUAGGUAAUUUAGUAUGCUUGCAAACUCUUGAUUGUUGUGUUCGGAAUGACAAUGUGGUCGUCCCAAAUGUGAUAAAGAAGAUGAAACAAUUAAGACAUUUAUAUUUACCCUGGGGGUACAGAGCAAAGGGUAAGCUGGAGCUGUCUACUCUUGGCCAUCUACAGACCUUAUAUAACUUUUCAAGCGAGUAUUGUGAUUUGAAAGAUGUUGGUAGAUUAACCAAUCUUAGAAAACUGAAAAUAAGUCUGUCAAGCUCUUUGCAAAAUCUGGAGGAAAUCUUAAAAUCUACAGGCAGUACGCUUAACCGUAUCCGGUCUCUAAUUUUUUGGAACACUUCUGGAACGAAUAGCGGUGCAAAGCAAGCUAUGCAGAUAGUAUCAAGCUGUCGGGGUAUAUACAAAUUGACGCUGAAUGGGCCAAUUGCAGAAUUACCGAAAGAGCCCCACAACUAUCCAAACCUCACCAAGUUAGUAUUGGGGAGUUGUGGUCUCAAGGAGGACCAAAUGGGAAUACUAGGGAAGCUGCCAAACCUAACAAUUUUGAAGCUUUUUCAAGAAGCUUUCGAGGAGAAUACAAAGAUAAUGGUUUUCUCCAAAGGAGGCUUUCCUUCUCUUGAAUUUCUUUUCGUUACUGGUAUGUUGGGAAUAACAGAGUGGAGAGUAGAGGAAGGAGCCAUGCCUUGUCUCUGUCGAUUGAACAUCACGUAUUGCUUGGGAUUGACUACACUUCCAGAUGGGCUGAGAUAUCUUACUAAUCUCAGGGAAUUAACCAUAAGAGGGAUGCGUAGAGAACUCCACCGUCGGAUUGAGGAAGAUGGAGAGGAUUUCUAUAAAAUUCAACAUGUACCUUCCCUUGUAAUUGAAGAACCAUCACUGAUGCAAUGAUGGCAAGCUAGCUGCAGGUAGGAACUGAUAUUGAGAAAGUAUGUCGAAGCUCUGCAGCAGAGGGAGCAUGUUCCUGGAGAUGUGGUCAAGAAAUGCUCUGUGAAAUCAAGAGGAGCAAAGAUGUUGUCCAACAGUACAUUUAUAUUACACAACUGAAAUGAUCGUAUUAUACUAAAAUU